AUGGCGAGGAAGUGGAUUCGACUUUUACGUCGGGGGAAAGAGCUGCAGGUGGUGCUUCCAGAUCCGAGUCUUUUGUGCAGAGGCUUGGACAAACUUCACGGGGCGGUUUUCACCAAUAACAAGCACCCCAGUGCGGCUUUCCGCAUAGCAAGCUUCAAGCUGGAGCGGCAGCUGGAUUACAAGGCCAUGGCAAAGGACGUAGAGGACUAUGCGCAGCUGAUUCUCGGCGAGUUGGAGGCUGCCUUGCUUGCGCAGCCAGUGAUGCCGCCCCCGAAGAUCAACAAGAUGGAGGAGGCUUCCAACCAGGACACCGGCAAGGGCAAAGCAAAAGGCAAGGGCAAGCGUCCUUGUCGCUGUUGGAACUGUGGCAGCAGCAGCCAUCUCAAGCCUCAGUGCCCGUAUCUCGGGCAAGGGGGGGUAGCAGCGACGGCUCCUGCUGGAUCGGGCUCGUCUUCGGCGAAUGCUACAGGGCCUUCUUCGUCUAUGGCAUCGCCAGAGGGAGGAAAAGGAGCCGGAGAAGACAAGCCUCCCCGGAAGUCUAGGAAAAAAGGUGGUGGAAAAGCCAAAGAUGCAGUGAGAAAGGCUGAAGAAGGAGUGUCGGUGGAGACAGCUCAGACAGCCUCGGCGGCGACUUCGGCAUCCACUACGGCAGCGACUGCGUCUACUGAUGCAGCGCGGGAUGAGUUUUUCGAGGAGGCGGCAAAGGCCUUGAAGUCGUUGAGGUUGGCCAAGGCGACUUUGGUUCGAGUUUGCGCGAUGGGUCACGGCGGCUCUAAGGCUCUGGUGGAUUCUGGCGCUACCACCUCGAUGAGGACUGCCAAGGAAAAGGAAAUCUGUGGUCUUCCUGUUCGCAAGGUGUUGUUGGCAGAGGGCGAGGCGAUGUUUUAUCAGCUUCCUGGUGGCACUUUGCUGACGGAGCGGAAGACCUCGCCGAUUGUGGCGAUGAGCGACCUGAUGGAGAUCGGCUGCAGGGUCUCGUGGAGCUCAGGAGAGGGAUGUCAGAUUACACACCCCACCAAAGGUGACCUCCCGACACAGAUUAUCAAUGGGUGUCCGGAGGUGGAUGGACAGCUUGGCUUGGACUUGAUCCAGGAGGCUGAGGCUGUGAAGCUUCGCCGGCGUGAGGCGGAGAUUGCGGUGAACAAGUUGGUGACCGCAUGCGAGGUGAAGCCUGGCUUAGGUUGGGACCUUGGGGCUAAGGCGGUGAAGGAUUUGCGCAAUGGUGUUGGAGUUUCGUGGGCUUGGCUGCGUCGCCUUUUUCCAGGUGCUCCAGCGUGGUUGGUGUCAGCGGUGCCCGUGGUUGCCUCUAUGGAUGGGGCAAAGGUGCCCUGGAAUCGCCGAGAGCGAAAGCGGUGGAGGCAAGCUUCGGCGGUGGGAAUUCAUCUGUUUUGUGGCCGCGAUCGUACUACCUGGAAGUCUACAGCGGAAGCAGCUCAUGUGGUCACGGUGGACCAGGCGGAAGACAUCAUGGCGGACGACACCUACGCGGCUCUCUUGGACCUCGCGCUGAGUGGGAAGGUGAAGACGGUGUUUGGGGGUCCUCCCUGCCGUACCUUUUCUGCCCUUCGUGCACGGGGACCAGAUGAUGGAGGACCUCGACCUUUGAGGACGCGUGAAGGGGGCGAACGUUGGGGUCGCGGAGAUCUUAGCGAGUGGGAAACAUGGAGGGUUCGUCAAGAUACCAUCAUGAUCUUUCGGAUGCUGUUCUUGUGGUUGGUGGCGGCUGCUGUGGCCAAGGAGAGCGGGACCAUCGCCCCAGAUUUCAUCAUGGAGCACCCCGAGGACCCCAAGGAGUUUACGAAGCCGUCCGAGUGGGCCCUCCCUGAGUACCAGGACCUGACGUCGUUGUGGGCUUUUCCUGAGAUUCAGUUUCUCAAGAGCGAGCUUGGGUGGCACUGGUGGCAGUUUGAUCAAGGUCCUCUCGGGCAUCCUCGUAGGAAGCCGACCCGAGUUCUCUCGUCGACGCCAUGCCCGAGCAGUCUUCGCGACGUACGGGGUCCUUCGGUGGUUUCGGAGGAGGAGCGAGAUCAUGAUGGGAGCGGUUUUCGUUCAGCAUCGUGGGCGUCCUGGGCACCACAGCUCAAACACAUUAUCAAAACUGAGGUUGAGGUGAGCUUGGCUGGGGCUACGUUGGAUAGGGUGAUGAAGUUGGACGCCGACUUCUUGGAACACCUUCAGAAGGAUCAUAUCCCUUAUCGGCGCGACUGCAAGGCUUGUCUCGCGG